AUGGCACAUUAUCACAAACGACCAUAUCCCAGGUUUGAUAUUUACUCAAUACUUCGUUAUUAUAGUGGUUUUGGUCGAUAUGAUGAUGAUUUUAUUGAUCGUUUAUCACGUUAUUAUUCUGUACUUAUCUUUUCAAUAUUUGUUCUUAUUGUUUCAUCAGUUCAAUUUGUUGGUAAACCAAUAUCAUGUUUUACUCCAGCAUCAUUUACAAAUGCUCAUGUAACUUAUGCGGAUUUUGUUUGUUGGAUAUCUGAUACUUAUUUUGUUUCAAUUGAUUCAGAAAUUCCUGAUUUAGAUGAAUCAGAAAUACGACAAAGUUCCUAUACAAUACGUUUUUAUCAAUAUGUACCAUUUAUAUUAAUGUUACAAACAUUUGGAUUUUUUCUACCAGGAUUCUGUUGGAGAAGUGGUUCAUCACGUUUUGGUUUACCAUUACAAAAACAUUUAGAUCAACUUAAUAUUAGUCAUCGAUCUUUAUCUGAACCACCAAUAUAUCGUCGACAAUUAAUACGAAAUGUUGCUAUUCGUCUUGAUCAACAUUUUCGUAUACAACCAAAAGGAAAAUUAGCUAAAUUAACAAUAUUCUAUUUAUUUACGAAAUUUAUGUAUUUAAUAAAUAUUCUUAUUCAAUUAAUAAGUUUACAUUAUUUAAUGAAUUUUAAUUUUAAUAUUAAUGAUAUACUUGACCGUUUUCUUAUUUAUAGUAAUACAGUACGUCAUGCAUCAUUACAAUUUCCAACCAAUGUUUUAUGUGAUUUUAUUGUUCGUUUUCUUGGAAAAAAUAAACAUCGACAUACAGUUCAAUGUGUUUUACCAAUAAAUAUAUUUAAUGAAAAAAUUUUUAUUUUUUCUUAUUUAUGGUUAAUUAUCUUAUUUAUAUGUACAAUAUAUAAUUUAUUUAUACAAUGGAUUUUAUUUUUUUCAAUUGAUCGAAAUAUAGUUGAUACACGUCGUCGUGUUGUACGUCGUACAGUAUCAAAAUUUUCAUUAGAACAAAAUCAAGAAAUUGAAACCAUAAAUACACAUGAUUAUCAACCAAUAACAAAAAAUUUUAGUCAACGUUAUUUACAGUAUGAUGGAAUUGUUGUUAUGCGUUUAAUAAAUAUGAAUACGGAUCUAAUUACAAUGAAUGAUUUAAUGGAUGAUUUAUGGGACUUAUAUCAAGUUAAUCCACUGUAA